GAGAAAACAAAUGGCGGCAAAACAAAACUGAAGUUCAACAAAAUAUAAUCUUCUGAAAUAUAUGAUAGAUGAUGAAAAAUAUUGGCUACUUUAGUUAAAGAUCGUAAAAGCCUACAGUUCAGUCAUGAGUGAACAUGAGUUUACAGUGCACCAUCACGUCAGUGAACUCAUGACAUUAUUAGGGGUGCCUACAAAAGAUGGACCAGGCCCUGAAGUUUACACUGAUAUUCUCAUGAAGAGUAUGACUCCAUAUAUCUCAACACAAAUAACUACACAUAAUGCAAAACGGAAAAUUGCUGAGUCAACUAAAAAGCCAAAUGAAUUCCUACAGAAGUAUGAUGAAUUAAAGGCACGCAAUGUGAAGGAUCUAGAUGCCCUCACCUACCUUGCUGCCAAACUAUGUGAGGAUGCCUCAACAAAAAGUUUUCUGGAGAAGAAUGCAAAAGAUCGAGCAAGCAUGACAGGCACUACACUGACGCCCCAUCAUCUUGUUACGUCUCAACUUCCGCCAUCUGGCACAAAGAUGUCGCCACAGGAACUUACAGAAUUAAAAGAUAAGCUCCUUAAAGAAGUUAGCAGCAGCUCGAACGUCCAGUCAGAAGUAAUUCGCAAAGUUCUCAAGGAACCUAAACCCAAAAAUUUGAAUAUUCCUGUUCAGCCUGACUGGCUAUUCCGUAGGCCUUAUCUCACAAUGGACUUUGUCUUUGAGAAUGAUGAGAUGUUAGACCCUGGGAUUAUUCCAUUAGGCAAUUUGCCUGUUGCGAUACAAGAGCAAGCCAUCAUUGAAGAUCUCCUCUAUUGUCUCGAGGGUGUAGAUGGAAAAUAUGUAUAUGCGAAGCCUCUGAGUGAUCGCUAUGGAGAACGAGGCUUUAUCAUAGAACCCUCUGUGGAUCCUUCCCUUGGAGCAUUGGUGAAGAGAGUACUCCCUUUAUGUGCAAACUAUUCAACAGUUGUCAGAUUUAUAGAAGAGAAAUCUGCAUUUGAGUACGGUUUGGUGAAUCAUGCAUUAAGUGCUGCCAUGAGGACUCUUAUUAAAGAUUAUAUGGUAUUAGUGGCACAGUUGGAACAUCAGUUCAAACUGGGCCAGUUAACCAUGCAGAAGCUCUGGUUCUACAUCCAGCCAACUAUGAGAACCAUGGAAAUUUUAGCAGCAGUCUCGUAUGCAGUGAAUAAGGGCCAGUGUAUUGGAGGAACUAUUCUUGGCUUGUUACAUGAGAAGACAUCAAGCUUAAUUGGAGACACAAAGGGCCAAGAAAUAUGUCUUUAUUUAACCCAGGCAGCAUGUGUGCCAUAUUUCGGGAUCCUAGAAAAGUGGAUUUAUAAAGGCAUCAUAGCAGACCCAUAUUCUGAGUUUUUGGUGGAAGAAGAUGAAAGCUUCAAGCGAGAGAACAUUCAAGAAGACUACAAUGAUGCAUACUGGGAACAACAUUACACAAUAUGUCGCGACAGAGUUCCAGAUUUCCUUGUGUUAGUUGCAGAGAAGAUCCUCAAUUGUGGGAAAUACCUGAACGUCAUUAGAAAAUGUGGUCGAGAUGUCGCUUGUCCACAUGCUGAGGAAUUAACAUAUACAAUUAAGGAGAAGCUCUAUGUAGAACAUAUUGAAAGAGCACAUAACUAUGCUAGUAAACUCCUGCUUGAGUUACUUAUGGAGGAGAAGGAACUCAUGGCUAGACUCAGGUCUGUGAAGCGUUACUUCCUGAUGGACCAGGGUGACUUCAUGGUUCAGUUCAUGGAUAUGGCAGAGAAUGAGAUGAAGAAACCAAUGGAAGAAAUCAUGCCUACACGUCUUGAAAGUCUGCUUGAGUUGGCCCUGAGAACAAGCACUUCCAACAUUGACCCUUUCAAAGAUGAUUUGCGGGUUGAUUUGCUACCAUAUGAUUUGAUCAACCAGCUCUUCAAAAUUCUCUCCAUAGAAACUAAAGUUGAAAAAGAUUAUCGCAUGGACCCUACUGAUAUCCAUCUUUCGGGGCUAGAAUCUUUCUCAUUUGACUAUGUGGUGAAAUGGCCUGUUUCGCUGGUUCUUAAUAGAAAGGCUCUCACCAGAUAUCAAAUGCUAUUCAGACAUCUAUUCUACUCAAAACACGUGGAGAGACAACUUUGCAAUGUUUGGCUUAGUAACAAAACAGCAAAGUCCUACACGCAACAGUCAACUCGCUGGUACGCAGCUGCUUUCGCAUUAAGACAGAGAAUGCUGAAUUUUGUCCAGAAUUUCAUGUACUACAUGAUGUUUGAAGUCAUAGAGCCUAAUUGGAUGAACUUUGAGACUAAUCUGAAUAAUGUGUCUAACAUAGAUGACGUACUGGCCUUUCAUACUGACUUUCUCAACAAUUGCCUCAAAGACUGCAUGCUGACAAAUCCCAACCUAUUGAAGAUAGUACACAAGUUGAUGGUUGUCUGUGUAACAUUCUCAAAUUUUGUACAGCGGUUAGGCAAGAGUACAGAUGUAGAUACAGAGCUAGCUAAACUUUCCCAAGAUGCAAGUAGGUCACCUAGGAAAACAACUGAUGCUGAGACAAGGAAAGCAACAUCUAAGGUGGUGUCAGAUCACGUAGAUCAGCUAGCAUCAAGUGAGAACUUUGAAAGAACAAUUAACAAAUUCGACAACAACUUUACAAAACUGCUAGUCCAAUUAUUAGACCAGAUUCUGGAUUUCAACAUGGAAAAUAGUGAUCAGCGUCUCAUGAAUAUGCUGUACAGAUUGGACUUCAAUGGUUUCUACACUGAGAAGCUUGAAUCUCUGGCAAUGGAAAAGUCUAUGAUGGAAUCUACAACUAUGGAACCUCCAGUGAAUCCAGCAAUGGGAGGAGUGCAUCCAUCAUUCUUAGAAAAACCUGGCUUUAAACCAGGUGGACUGAGGCAUCCUGGGGGUAGUUCAUGA